AUGUCUCUCAUCACUGUAUCUGCAGUUGUUAACACUGACGCCUCUUUUGCUUUUCAACCCUAUGGCUUACCCGAGAAUAAAAGCAUAUCGGUCCACCAAGUGGCUACUGCCACUGGAAUGUAUCAGAUAAUUUACGACAGCAUUUUCGAAAGCACGCCCGUUGUUACAGUUACACCAGCUUGGCUGGGGAAUUUCGGGUGUACUGGCGGUUUAACUGUCGAUAAUGCCGUUAUUAACGAGAUUAAGAAGACAUAUGUGAUUGUGAAGCUGGGGGACAGCCAUGGCAAUGGGCAGUGGCGUCCUUUCACUAUUGUGCUUACUGGACACUGUCAGCGUCUUCCCAAGAAGCCCGAGCAUAAGGAAGAGGCCCAUAAAUUACAAUGUCGGGAUGGUCAAACGAAUAGUCCCCCAAAUGACUGGUUGAGAGUAUGA